GUUAGCUCGACCCAGCGAAUAUAUUUUCGCCAGCUCAACCCAAAGCUAUCCUUCGAGAUCUCAUUCUGCAGAUCAUCCCGAAAGAUACAUUAUUAUUUCCACUUUAACUGUGAUGAUGGACCAGCCACAAAGUCUCCGGACACUGUUCGCAUCUGCAAAGACAGAGAAAGAAUCGCUGGAAUCACGUACCGACAGUAACUCGGACUCGUACCGCAGUGACGUGGAUGCAACGAUAGCUAAGUUCAAGGAGUGCCAGCGACUCGUCCAGUUUCUAUCCUUGUUCAGUCAGAAUGAAUCAUUAGAAGAAGUUGCUACAGGGGAUAUUCCGUAUCUCACCGUGGACUAUCUUCUGGCCGACCUUCUCCAACGAUCCCAUAACCCAGAUCGCGAAGCUUCCCUCCGAAGUGCACUGGGGCAAUAUGAACAAUACCUUUCGCGACUGGACACAUAUGACUCGCUGUCGAACAGCGACAAGAAACUUUACGAGCGAUACAGCGAGAACCCCUCUUCGUUUUCUCUGGCUCCGGUCAAUGAUGCCGCUACUCGACGAGAUGUAAAAGUGGCCAGAUUCAGGGAAGAGAAAGAGCUAAAGCAAAAGCUUGAGUAUCUCUCACAGAACCAGAACCGGCUGCAAAGCGACGACGAAGACGUCCGGAAACUGUACAUUGCGGAAAUCAAUCUAUAUACCCACCAAGCUUUCCAGUCACUAGAUUUAAUAACGCAGGAACUAUCUAUGCUAACGGCCAUUCGUCACGCACCCCAACCAUCAGAUAAGGACCAAGCGGGAGAUGCAAGGGUGAGGGGUAGUACAGGCGAGAGCGGUUAUUCAGAGCGAUUAGAUGCACCUCUCUCUCAACUGCUAAAGAACGGGAAAUUUGGACCCUUGUUGAGCAAGGAGGGCAAGCCACUGCAACCAUUUACACUGCUAGAUCGCCGGUCGCAGCUUCAACAAGGAGUUUUCCGGCCCGGCCAUAACCUGCCCACGAUGACGAUCGAUGAAUAUCUCGAGGAAGAAAGGAAGAGAGGGGGUAUUAUCGAAGGCGGAGGACAAUCGGAUGUAAAACCAGAGAUUGAUGAGGACGACAUGGAAAAGGCCGACGAGGAGACAAUGAAAGCGAGGGCUUGGGAUGAAUUCAAAGAAGCAAAUCCAAGGGGCUCCGGAAAUACUCUGAAUAGGGGUUGACCGUUGUCUAUUUGUAUGAGCUUUGCUAUCAUAUCCAACCGGCCUUGCUCGCUUUGGCAAGAGGAUUUCUUGUAACCUCCGCCUGUGACGUGGAAUCGGCAUGGAGCCCUUCCAGUUAACCUAGGCUUCUUGUUCUAGUCCUAUACGUCUCUGGCGCUCUUCUGCUACGGGUGCGGAUGACCACGAUUCAUCUGUUGCAAAGCUCGUGUACCAUUACCAUUAAAUGGAAAAAGUAGAGGGGAGACUGCUCCAACCAAGGGUCCUACGAGGACCUUGCACAGUACACAAGUCGCGACAUUCUGGCAUGCAUACGAUGCCAGUAACGUCCCGAGCAAUAUGCCUUUCAUACCAUUGGCCAUCUAAAUGGCAUGUGAAUCCAUGAAAUCCGUGAUAAUAGA